AUUGUUUAAUCUAGUUAAAGCAGACUGUUCAGAGUGGUUGAAUAGUGCAGCAGAGAGUCUGAAGAGAUUUUAACAAUGAGCAACAAUCCUCUUCUUGUGAAUGUGGAAAACUGGAUUGCAGAGAACCAGAAUGCCUUCCUGCCACCAGUGUGCAACAAGCUCAUGCACUUUUCCCAGCUGAACAUAAUGUUUGUAGGAGGUCCUAACACCAGGAAGGAUUACCAUAUAGAAGAAGGAGAGGAGCUGUUUUACCAGCUGAAGGGGGACAUGUGUCUGAAGGUGAUUGAAAAUGGCAAACACAAGGAUGUACACAUCAAAGAGGGCGAGAUGUUCCUGCUGCCAGCUCGGAUCCCCCACUCCCCCCAGAGACAGGCCAACACCGUGGGACUGGUGGUGGAGAGGAGACGGCUGCUGACUGAGACUGACUGCCUCAGGUACUAUGUGGACAACACCACCAACAUCCUGUUUGAGAAAUGGUUCAACUGUGAGAAUCUAGGGACCCAGCUCGUGCCGAUAAUCAAAGAGUUCUUGGCAUCAAACCAGCACAGAACAGGGAAACCUGAUCCAAAUGACGUCUUCAGGGAGCCUCCGUUCCAGAUGAACACCUUGAAUGUGAUGUCACCCUUCUGCUUUAAGGACUGGCUGGAGAAACAGAGGCCGUUCCUGUCCAGCGGCAGGCCCAUCGACAUGUUCGGAGCUCAGUUUGAGACAGAGGCCAUGCUGUUUGGACCCGGGUUAACAGAGAUGUCAUUACGGCAAAGUGAUGCAUGGAUUUGGCAGAUGGAGGGAUCAUCAAGAGUAACUAUGAAUGAGCAGGAGUUUACUCUUUCUGCAGGAGACAGUUUAAUCAUUCCUGAACAGAGCCAGUACAGGUGGCAGAGAGAUGAGGGGACUGUUGCACUGUUCGUGGCUCAAAACCCUGAGCGGAAAAGAUCCUGAGCUUUGGCACAUUAUAUAUACAGUAUGUUGUAUAUGUGGGGAGGAUAACUCCUAUUCUGCACCUAUACAAAAUCAAAGUGUCCGACUCUACUACUACAACACUCACUAUCUGGAUCUGAUAGACUGCAUAUCAUUACAUAUAGUGAGUGUUGUAAAUCACACCCUCAUUUCUUAAAGAGGAUUCUGUUAUGUGUUAAUGCAAGUGAACUUUGACCCUAUUGAUAAAUACCAGAAGCUGCUGAA